AUGGCGAACUUCACUACAAUAACAGGAUUCAUCCUUACAGGAUUUUCAGACAUUCAGGAGCUACAGACUUUAUAUGGAGUGUUCUUCCUGGUAAUCUACCUAGCAAUCCUCAUGAGUAACUUCCUCAUCAUCACCCUCAUCUCCCUGGAUGUGAAGCUCCAAACACCUAUGUACUUCUUCUUGAAGAAUUUGUCCUUGUUUGAUGUCUUGCUUGUGUCUGUCCCAAUCCCAAAUUUCUGUGUCAAUAGUCUAACUCACAACAGUUACACCUCUGUUCUGGGUUGUGCCUUCCAGAUACUUUUCAUGACUUCUUUUUCAGCAGGCGAGAUUCUUGUCCUGACUGCCAUGUCCUAUGACCGCUAUGUGGCCAUCUGUUGUCCCCUGCACUAUGAGGUCAUAAUGAGCAGUGGAACCUGUCAAUUGAUGUUGGUUGUUUCUUGGAUCACCGGGGUACUUUUUGGAACUGUAUACACAGCAGGCACAUUUUCCAUGCAUUUCUGUGGUUCCAAAGUGAUCCCACAGUUUUUCUGUGAUGUCCCCUCAAUACUAAAGAUUUCCUGCUCUGAAACACUUGGUAUAAUUUAUACAAGUCUUGGAAUUGGUAUGUGUCUUUGCAUGUCUUGUUUUAUCAGUGUGGUCAUUUCUUUCUUUUACAUUUUCUCUACCGUAUUGAAGAUUCCUACCACAAAAGGUCAGUCCAAAGCAUUUGCCACAUGCAUCCCCCACCUCACUGUUUUCACUGUUUUCAUUGCUACUGCUUGCUUUGUCUAUCUGAAGCCUCACUCAAAUGUACCAUCAAUCUCAGACAGGCUUUUCUCUGUGCUCUACACUGUGUUACCUCCAGCACUUAAUCCUGUGAUCUAUAGUCUAAGGAACAAUGAUGUCACGUGUGCUCUGAGGAGGUUACAGAAAAAUCUCUGCCCAAGAGGUUCACAUCAUUUAACACUUCAAAGCAUCUGUCGGUGA